AUAAGGCACGCGCGCAGUGCUUAUAAAGCAACGACUGCCUGUGAUAAAGCUCAUAUCAACCUGAAUAAAACACUAAUAGAAGAAAAACACCCCUGGUUUUGGUAGACAGACAACGCGGAGACAGUAAAAACGGCGAGCGUGUGUACACAGGUCCAUCUUGCGGAUUACACGGCGGGCUUGAGCAAAAGACAGACGAAAAUCUGCGUUGUGGAGCGCUGCUCCGGAGCUGACCGCCCACAAGUAGACCUUCAACUUACUCUGUGUCAAGAUGGAUUAGUGCUUAUCGCCUCCUGAGAUCGAAGGUGGCUGUGUGAAGGGGGACUCCCAGGGCUGGACCCAUGAGGAGUCAAAGAAAAUGCUCGCAGCCUGGGCGUCUCUGCUCCUCUUAGCCAUGUGGGUGAGAAACGCCACCAGUGGCCCGCUCUCAUUCAGAAUAGCUGCCAUUCUUGAUGACCCAAUGGAGUGUAGCCGCGGGGAGCGAUUGGCUAUCACUCUGGCGAAAGAAAGCAUUAACCGAUCCAGCAACCGCUCCACCACAGGCAAACUGGAGGUGGACAUCUUUGAGCUCCUAAGAGAUAGUGAAUAUGAGACAGGAGAGACCAUGUGCCAGAUCAUGUCUAAAGGGGUGGUGGCGGUCCUGGGUCCCUCUGCCAGCCCGGCUUCCAACUCGAUCAUCAGUAAUAUCUGUGGAGAGAAAGAGGUGCCGUAUGUAAAAGUGGCUCCAGAGGACAUACUGAAGGUACAGUUUCCACGCUUUACUACGCUGGACCUCAGGCCCACCAACACAGACGUCAGCAUGGCUGUAGCUGGACUCCUAACGUUCUUCAACAGCAGCACGUCGUGUCUCAUUUGUGCUCAGGCCGAUUGCCUAUUAAACCUGGAGGUGUUACUGCGACAGUUUCUCAUCUCUAAAGAAACCCUCUCAGUUCGCAUGCUGGAUGACAGCCAGGAUCCCACUCCGCUCCUCAAGGAGAUCCGCGAUGACAAGACUGCCACCAUCAUAGUGGAUGCCAACGCCACCAUGUCUCACACCAUUUUGGAGAGGGCGUCGGAGCUGGGGAUGCUGUCGGUGUACUAUACAUACAUCCUGACUUCCUUGGAAUUCUCUUUGCUGCGACUGGACGAUUUAGCAGAUCAGCGGGUUAACGUCGUGGGGUUUUCCGUUUUCAACUGGACUCAUCCUUUCUUUCAGGACUUUGUCCUCAGCCUCAAUCGAUCCUGGCAGGAGAACUGUGAUCACGCACCUUUUGCAGGGACGCCGCUUUCAUCCGCACUGCUGUUUGACGCGGUACACACGGUGGUGGCAGCUGUGCAGGAACUGAACCGAAGCCAGAACGUCGGUGCCACUCAGCUCUCCUGCAAGUCCUCCAAGAUCUGGGAGCACGGAACCAGCCUCAUGAACUACCUGAGGAUGGUAGAGUUGGAAGGUCUAACAGGCCACAUCGAGUUCAACAGCAAAGGACAGCGUUCGAACUAUGCCCUCCGGAUCAUGCAGAAUAGCAGAGAUGGCCUAAGGCAGAUUGGUCAAUGGCAUUCAGAGCAGGGACUGUCUAUGGAGAAGCAACUUCCAUCACUUAACCUGACAGACACACUUUUCAACACCACUCUCACCAUAACCACCAUCCUGGAAAAUCCAUAUGUGAUGCUGAGAGCCAAUCACCAGGAGCUGGAAGGUAACGAGCGCUAUGAGGGUUUCUGUGUAGACAUGCUGAAAGAGUUGGCGGAUAUCCUGAAGUUUAAUUACCGCAUUCGGCUCGUCGGGGACGGUCUGUACGGGGUGCCGGGGACCAACGGCUCUUGGACGGGCAUGGUCGGAGAGCUCAUUAGCCGGAAAGCUGAUCUGGCCGUGGCUGGCCUGACCAUCACGGCUGAAAGAGAGAAGGUUAUCGAUUUCUCCAAACCCUAUAUGACUCUGGGGAUCAGCAUCAUGUACCGCGUGCACAUAGGAAGAAGACCAGGGUAUUUCUCUUUUUUGGAUCCUUUCUCUCCAGGGGUUUGGCUUUUCAUGUUGCUGGCUUACCUGGCAGUCAGCUGUGUGCUAUUCUUGGUGGCAAGGCUAACACCCUACGAGUGGUACAAUCCUCAUCCCUGCCUGAAGGGGCGCUGUAGCCUUCUCAUUAACCAGUAUUCUCUGGGCAACAGUUUCUGGUUUCCUGUGGGAGGGUUCAUGCAGCAGGGCUCCACCAUUGCCCCCAGAGCCCUGUCCACACGAUGUGUCAGUGGAGUAUGGUGGGCGUUCACCUUGAUCAUCAUCUCUUCGUACACAGCCAACCUGGCAGCCUUUCUUACUGUGCAGAGGAUGGAGGUGCCCAUCGAGUCGGUGGACGAUCUGGCUGACCAGACCGCCAUUGAAUAUGGCACCAUGCACGGUGGCUCCACCAUGACCUUCUUCAAGAACUCUCGCUACCAGACGUACCAGCGGAUGUGGAACUUCAUGUACUCCAAGCAACCCAGCGUGUUUGUGAAGAGCACAGAGGAGGGCAUCGCGAGAGUGCUCAACUCCAAUUACGCCUACCUUCUGGAGAGCACCAUGAAUGAGUAUUAUCGCCAGCGCAACUGCAAUCUCACCCAGAUCGGAGGCUUGCUGGAUACCAAGGGCUAUGGCAUUGGCAUGCAUCUGGGCUCGGUCUACAGAGAUGAGUUUGAUCUGGCCAUACUUAAACUACAGGAGGACAACCGUCUAGAGAUCCUCAAGAGGAAGUGGUGGGAUGGGGGCAAGUGUCCAAAAGAGGAGGACCAUCGAGCGAAAGGUCUAGGCAUGGAGAACAUUGGUGGGAUCUUUGUGGUGCUUGUGUGUGGUCUCCUGGUGGCCAUCUUCAUGGCGGUGCUAGAGUUUGUGUGGAUGCUGCGUCAUACACCAGCAACAGAGCUGUCUGUGUGCGAGGAGAUGCUACGAGAGCUGCAGGGAAUCGUGCUGUGUCAGGACAGCCUGCAGUUACGGCGCAGGCGAGGUGCCAGCGUGCUGCGACCGCAGCCUAUGCCCCUGGACGAGCGACGGGUGCGGGCGGCGGCCGCGAGCCUCAGCAACGGCAAGCUGUGCAUGGGCACGGGCCUGCCCGAACCUCUCUCGAACAGACUGGCGCAGGAGGCCGCCCUGGUAGCGCGUGGGUGCAGCCACAUUCGCAUCUGCCCGGAGUGCCGGCGCUUCCAGGGCAUCCGGGUGCACCCGACCGGCCACCCCGGUGCGUCCCCCGCCCACAGCGAGGAGAGUGUGGAGUGGGAUAAGGGGGCAAACAAUGGUGAACCAGAAUAACCUCUUUGUACCCCACGGACAGGCGUCAAACGUAGGCUUUGCUGGACCUGGGGCGUUCAGCGGGUGAUUACGGGAUUGAGCGCUCCAGAAAUGAGACAAACAAUACAUUCCCCACCGAUGAAAGAGUCUCGUUGGAACUCAAAUGUGUGAAGAUGUUCGUGCUGCUCGAUUCAGCCGUAGAGCUGCGUCUGAUCUCUGUACACACUGUCCCCACAGCUCUCUGCCCAUGAACUGCCUUUGGAACACGCGGCAGAGUGGCUUUGUACUAUGCAGUAUAUUUGUCUUACUGUGCUGUUGAUUUCUUUUUAAAUUAUUACUCUUUUUGUUGUGAUACCACUAUACAGUUGCUAUUAUCUUGUUCUCACGAUUAAAACGUUCGUUUUUUUCACAUCACGGACAGAGUAGGCCUACACACAGCUACGGAGAACAGAACCUUUUUUAGAGUGGCAAAAUACUUUGUAUUAAUUUCGUGCUAUUGUCAUCCCAUGGCCCCAAGGGAAAAUAACCAUUACGAGAACUGAUCACAAAACUCCACUUUGAUCUGUUUUUAAUAAUAGUGCUAUUCUAUUAAAAAGGUUGCUGAAUGUUUUAUGUGCAUGUAAGAGGGAUGCUACUGAAUGAAAGUAAAGCAUUCGUUUUUAUUUCCGGUUCUUUUGCUGUCAAAAUACUUUUUUUAUUGUUUGUUAUACACUUUAUUUUCUUUUAAUUCAUUGUUUGCACUCUUAGGACAUUUGCACAAUGGAAGAUGUGAAUAGUGGAAGAUUACACUCGCAUUGUAAAAGUAACAACAGUAAUUCUGAAAGGUAAAAUUGCCCUCAUUUAGCCGUGAAAACGGUUGAGUAUAAACAACGUGAGAUCUUAGGUAUCAUCAGUAUUUCUGAGAUCCAACACAGAGGUCAAUCAUAUAUCAACAGGGUCAUGCCAUCUAGUCCUAUCUGUAUUAGAAGAUGUUGACUAAACAUUCAUGUAUUUCUUAUGUUAUAUGACAUCAAAUGCAGCUGAUGUUUUUUUAUUUGCUUAAAACCAGCAACUUUUGUUCUUUAUGUGACAUCUUCGUGAACACCCUUUAAAUGGUAUGGAGGAUUCAAUAAAAAACAUUAUGAUCAGUGUUUUUAACAUACUACAGCUAAAGCAGAAUUUGGAUACCAAAAUUGAAUUAUUUUGUUAGGCAUGAUGUUGUCCUCAACUUACGGCACCAAAAUUUUAAUAAAUUGCCUUCAUAUUUUUAUGGUCCAUUAGUUUAGACCCAUGUUGAUUUUUUUCCUGUGCAUUGAACUAAACCAUUUCUACAUUAUAUUUCAAUACGGUGUUAGUGCCUGACGAAAAUAAAUGGCAUUGUGUUCA